CCCACGGCACUACUCCUCCAGCUUAGGUGCUCGCCGUCACCAACGAUGCCACGCGAAUCCACAGACCGCAGAAAAUCAAGCAUAGGCAGUCGCAGAGGUCCCCCAAAGAAACAUAUUCCCUUCCGCGCCGAUGAUCUGGGCCUCGGAAAGAAAACCGGGAUCGCAGUCCAAUACGUCGGCCGCGACUCUGAUGAAUUCGAGCCUUUCGACGAAGUCAUCAAACAAGCUGACGAUCGCACACCACCACGCGUGAAAUCACGCAAGAAGAAGGCUACAGUCGUCACCCCCGUCCCAGAAUUCGAUGAAUACGAUGAGAAUGGAGAAAUGUCUAUGGAGUUGGCCGAAAGCAACCAGGGCAGUCCGCUGGCUUACUUUACGAAUGCGCCUCCCAUAAUAGCGCCUAAUAGUGCGCGUAAAUCGGGCUCGUCGAGAUCUGUCCCGCGAACGUCUGAGAUCGACUUUGACGAGGUGCCUUCGCCCCGUAUGCGCGCCGCACCAUCUAGGCGUGCGUCUACUGUAAAUGGUGCGGGUCCUUCGGCACUCCACAAGUCGUUCUCUGUGUAUAGCGACAUCCAUGAAUAUGACGCUGCUCCUGACCCCGAAUUCGAGCCAGCGUAUCAAGACUUUGGCUAUGAACCCCCACCGAAUGACAGCCCGCCACGAUCAGGAACAAGUUCUAAUGACGUGAAUGAGGACGAAGUGGACGACGAGAAUGAUGCUGCGGAAGUUGAGAAGGAGAUGGCAUCACAUGCGAAGAUGAAACUUGGCAAGGGCAAGGGCAAGCGGCGUGCAGAUGUGGAGGUGGAGCAACAGGAGGAAAACGGGAUCGAUGAGGAUAUUGCACAGGGACUUGAAGAGGUUGAGAAUGCACCAGACGAGGAGGAAGAUGAAGACCCGCCCCCUAAGAAGCCACGCAAAGAAGAUCCGAAAGAGCAAAAACUUAAGAAACCUAAAGCAGCACGCGCACCCAAGCGAAUCAUCAAACCAUUCGAAGAGAAUUCUCCGCCACCCGAUGGCGUACGUCGCAGUCGACGACAUCGGUACAAACCGCUUGAAUACUGGCGCUCAGAAAAAGUCGUCUAUGGGCGAAACGAUUCUGGCCUAAUUCUCGUUCCUCAGAUUAAAGAAAUCAUCCGCAUCCCGCAAGAGCCUCCUAAACCACUCGGAAAAGCAGGCAAGAAGCGCAAGCGCACAGGCAGUGAACGCGCGAAGAGCAUUCUUGAGCCGGUUGACCCCGAGGAGGGCUGGGACGACGACACGCAGGAAUCUGGUGUUGUGAUCGAUUAUGCCACCGAGGAGCCAGUGUUAAGACGCAUUGUCUUCACAGCAAAGAAGGUCGAUCCCAAACCUGCGGCUGGCGGGGGGUGGUUCUUUCAAAAGGUCUUCGGGGAGGGCGACUUUAUUGCAGCAGGCGUGCUUCGUAUACCCCCGCAGGGCCGCAAACCAAGCAAAGGGACGAAAGACAAUACUUAUGUUUUCUAUGUUAUUGAAGGCGCAGUAGCCGCUGUGAUUCACGAAUCACAGUACAUCGUAGCUACAGGGGGCAUGUUCAUCGUGCCGCGUGGCAACACGUACUACAUCGAGAACAUCUCCGAUCGAGACGCAAAAGUUUUCUUCACGCAAGCACGUCAGGUAUCAUUAGAUGAAGACCAACAGCUAGAUCACAUAUCGCACUCUGCGCCGCCGUCAUCGCAUCCCCAGCGGUUGAGUGCGGGUGCUACUUCACUGGGUAAGAGGGGGACGUCGAUGAAGAUGUGAGCUGUCUGGCAUGACAAUUGUGAAUUUAAUAGUGCAUUCUUUGUAUCGCAUGCAUCGCAAUUUCUUUUUUCAUAUCGUUAUCGGCUCAGUGUAACUUAUCGUAAUUAAGUGCCGUUUCUGUCGACGAAAUGGAUGGGACGCUUAGCGAGCACUUGUAUCCGUCAGCACUUGGUCCAAUACUCAUACCCUUGUACUCCAUCCCAAUUAUGUCAGG